GGCGAGCUUUUUCGGUGGACAAACUUCUCGUGGAUUUUUGCAAACGUAACGUGGUUUGAGAGUAUUUUAUACUUCUUUAUACUUAAUUUCAGUUUAAUAAUAUCUGAAAAAUGGAAAAGCCCGUAGUUUUGGCGCGUGUGAUGAAAGUUCUGGGACGUACCGGCUCCCAAGGACAGUGUACUCAAGUAAAAGUCGAGUUUAUCGGCGAGCAAAAUCGUCAGAUUAUCAGAAACGUCAAAGGACCCGUCAGAGAAGGCGAUAUUUUAACGCUGUUGGAAUCUGAGAGAGAAGCAAGAAGAUUAAGAUGAAUCUUUCUUCUUCCUCAUCUAAUUAUAAGCUGAAGUACGAUACCACCUGUCCUACGAUCAUCAUCUACGUUUUGAAGAGAACUAAUAUGGAAUCGAACAUGUAAACCAUCUGAUGUUCGUGUGUUUAUCACAAUAAAGUAUUGUCGUUUUCAUAA